UACCAUAGAGUGCUGAUUUAUUCCAUGUCUGAAGGGCUCCUUGGGUUCUCGGCAUUUCCUGGUUGGAAUGUGACCGUCCGGUUCUCUUUCUAGGCGAGAGAGAGGACGGAGAGGACGAAGAGCAGAAGGGGCCUGAGCUCAAGCAGGCCUCCCGCCGGGACAUGUACACCAUCUGCCAAACGGCAGGUCUAGAUGGCCUGGCCAAGAAGUUUGGGUUGACCCCCGAGCAGUUUGGAGAGAAUCUCCGGGACAGCUACCAGCGCCACGAGACCGAACAGUUUCCCGCAGAACCCUUGGAGCUGGCGAAAGAUUAUGUGUGCAGCCAGUUCCCCACCCCCGAGGCCGUGCUGGAAGGGGCCUGCUACAUGGUGGCCCUGCAGAUCGCCCGGGAGCCCCUGGUCCGGCAGGUGCUGCGCCAGACCUUCCAGGAGCGGGCAAAGAUCAACGUGGCCCCCACCAAGAAGGGCAAGAAGGACGUGGACGAGGCCCACUACGCCUACUCCUUCAAGUACCUGAAGAACAAGCCGGUCAAGGAGCUGCGGGACGAGCAGUUCCUGAAGAUCUCUCUGGCCAAAGAGGAGGGCCUGCUGACCAUCGACAUCUCCGUGGACAUGAAGGGCGUGGACGGCUAUGGCAACGACCAGAGCUACUUCGAGGAAAUCAAGGCCUUCUACUACCGGGACGAGUUCAGCCACCAGGUGCAGGAGUGGAACCGGCAGCGCACGCUGGCCAUCGAGCGGGCCCUGCGCCAGUUCCUCUACCCACAGAUGGCCAAGGAGCUCACCAACAAGCUCCUGCUGGAAGCCAAGGAGUGCGUCGUCAAG